UAAGUUCGGGGAUGUGGAUCGAGAUAAUAGUCGUUACUCGAAGAACCGAUCGAGUUUGGUUUCUCGAGUUGGGGGGCACACACGUGACCUGUAUGACCGGUCGAAUUAAUAGAUGUCUUUUAAGGGGGCAAUAGUGUCGAAGGCAUGGUGAACUUGGAGCUUGAAGGGAAUGGUUUUUGGCCAAGUCUCUUUUCUUUGCUGUCGUUCGGUUUUCUUUCAAUCUACUUUGGACGGUUUAAUAGAGUCGGAUGCGUUCGGUUAUAAAAUACACAAUAAACGGAUUUUUUUCUCCUCUCAGUACCCGAAGAUCGAGUCUAAAGGGUUCUCUGGAGGUGUUUCAAUUAUGUAUAUUGCUUUCCACGAGAACGCCAAAUACACGCACUUGGACAAAGACAUGGAAAGUACAUGGGAUUUAAGUGGACUAUGGAAUAAAAAAGAAAAGAAGGGGGAGGGGAGGAAAAAGAAAAAGAUAAAAAAGGGAAAAAGAAGAAGGUGAAAUCAGAGUGCGGAAUCCAUUAGCAAAGUCCGGGGAAGCACGUUUUACCAUCGACGCCCGAUCUUUCAUUCUCGGGGCAAAGAGUGGCGCGAGCUUUUGUGUAGUAUAUGAAUGACUGGCUCCUCGAAAUGCUACCAGAAUGUCCACCCCUAUUUUCUCCCUUCUUCUCUCCUUUGCUAUCUAAAUUCACCUGUAUCGACUUUCUAAACGCUAAUGUAUUGCUGAUAUAUUCAAAUAAUUCGAUAUC